AUGGUCCGUGUUGCUGACCGCGCAAUAGUUGUGUCCAUUGUUGUCAUCGACGGCCUCAUCAAGCAGGAGACGCCGGGCUCGCUCAUCGAGCCGGCCCGCACCUACCUGUUCCCCGCCAACUGGCUCACCCUGCCCCUGUCCUUCGGCCUGCUCAUGUCGCCGUGGGGCGGCCACAGCGUCUUCCCCAACAUUUACAGGGACAUGCGCCACCCGCAAAAGUUUGGCAAGGCCAUCAAGGUGACCUUUUCGUUCUCGUACGCCCUCGACGCUGUCACGGCCGUCGUCGGCCUCCUCAUGUUCGGAGACGGCGUCCUCGACGAGAUCACGGCCAACAUCCUCAAGACGAGCGGCUACCCCCGAGCCCUGACCGUCCUGCUCUGCGUCUUCAUCGCCAUCAUCCCUCUUACCAAGAUCCCCCUCAACGGCCGCCCCAUCAUCGCCACCGUCGAGGUCCUCGCCGGCCUCCACCACCAUGCCAUGGCCGACAGCGACGGCCUCGUCGGCCGCUCGGCGACCUUCCGCGGCUUCAUGCGCAUCUUCAUUCGCGUCGCCACCAUUCUCGUCUUCCUCGUCAUCUCCAUCCUCUUCCCCUCGUUUGACAGCAUCAUGGCCUUCAUGGGCAGCGCCCUCUGCUUCACCAUUUGCGUCAUGUGCGUUCCACCCCCCCCCCCCUUCUCCUCCGUCCAUGCCUUCCAUGCCUUCCAUGCCUUCCAGACUAACAGUUGCUCUUCCUCGUCUCGCCACAGUCUUCCCGUCGCCUUCUACGUCAAGCUCUUCGGCAAGGAAAUCUCCGCCCAAGAAAGACUUCUCUGCUACGUCAUCAUGGCCGUCUCCACCACCCUGUCCUUCAUCGGAACCGUAUGGGCCUUUUUUGCCCAAGGACCUCAUAGGCGCCGCGUGAACGGCAGCCUGUCGCAUUUUUUCUUCUCUCUCGUAACAAACACGUAA